GACAGUUCAAAAUGUCCAACAAUGAGAUCAUUGUGCAAACGUGAUAAGAUUAUAUUUCUUUUCGUUUGAUAAAGAGUGUUUCACAGGAUGAAGAUAUAGAUGGAAGAUAAACAUCGAGCAAGUUUUAUUCAUAAAGUACUUCGCAUGGACUCUCCAACAGCAGACAAUGAGACUAGCAGUAGUGGUGGAUCGGAGGGAGCAGAAAAGUUUGUGUUGGCAGUGGAUAUUGGAACCACCAGUUUACGAAGCCAUAUUUACAACAAACAAGGCAACAUAAAAGGAGCAAGCAGUAAAAGGAUACAACUCCUUCACCCCCAGCCUGGUUGGUAUGAGAUGGACCCAGAUCUCCUGGUCAAACAAGUGAUAGACAGCAUAAAAGAGUCCAUUAGAGCUGCGGGAAUAACGGUCCAUGACGUGACCUGUAUGGGUAUAACUACACAGAGGAACACUUUCCUGACCUGGGACAAAACAACUGGGAAACCUUUUCACAAUUUCAUUACCUGGCAAGACCUGAGGUCCAGGAACAUUGUCAAAAGCUGGAAUAACUCAUUAAGAAUGAAGGCUUUAAAUAAUGGUUCCUCAAUUUUACACAUGUUCACCAGACAGAAAAGGUUUUUGUCUGCAAGUGUGCUGAAAUUCAUGUCACAACAGGUUACAAUGAGGUUGAUCUGGGUUUUAGAAAAUGUGGAAGAGCUUCGAGCCAAGUUAGCUGUAAAUGAGGUGUGCCUAGGUUGUAUAGAAACAUGGUUGCUGUAUAAACUGACAAGAGAAAAGCUUAUAGCCACUGACUAUUCCUGUGCUAGCGGAACCGGGCUGUUUGAUCCUUACCAGUUUGAAUGGAGCACCAUUGUCUGUAACUUACUGAACAUUCCUAUGGAAAUUUUACCAGAGAUCAGAGACACGAGUGGAGAUUUUGGAAGCACAGAUCCUGCAAUAUUUGGGGCAGCCAUUCCAAUUACUGCAGUGGUUUCUGACCAGACAGGGGCAUUAUUUGGUGAGUGCUGUUUUGAAGUUGGAGACAUCAAAUGCACCAUGGGAACUGGGACGUUUCUUGAUUUGAAUUGUGGAGACACACCACAUGCCUCUGUUGGAGGACUGUAUCCUAUAGUGGGGUGGAAAAUUGGAAGUGAGACAACCUUUGUAGCAGAGGGGAGUAUAACAGACACUGGCUCCAUUAUAGAAUGGGCUAAAUCACUAGAGUUAGUUAUUCCAUUGUUUUGUGUUGCAAUGGCCCCUAUUAAUGAUGAUAAAGCAGUAACUACUUUGAUUGGAUUAAAACCCACCACAACCAAAGCUCACAUAGUCCGAGCACUCCUAGAAAACCUGGCCUUCAGGGUUAAAUUACUGUAUGAAACCAUCUUAUCAGAGACCAAAAUUCCUCUGUCCCAUAUCAGGGCAGAUGGGGGUGUGUGCAAUAAUGACUUCCUGAUGCAGAUGAUAGCUGACUUCACCAAUCAAACGAUAGACCGAGCCAAGCAAAGGGCCAACAUGACAAGUCUGGGGGCAGCAUUCUUAGCAGGGCUAGCUAAGGGGAUAUGGAAGAACAAGUCGGAACUGAGAAAUAUACGUGACUCAGAGACUGUGUUCACAGCAGAAAAAGACGCCUGGCCGACGUACAAGGACAGAUUUGUACAGUGGGAGAAGGCUGUCCAUAGAUCGCGGGAGUGGUAUAGUUAACAGAAGAAGACUUAUUCCUGCUCUUUGACUAAUGCCAUUGUAAAACUUAGGCCAUCUUUAAAAUAAUGUUUGUUUGCCCUCUCCC